AUGUCGGCACCGCGGAUGUCGGGAUGUACGGGUUCAAACAGGGGGGGGAUGCCAUACACCCGUCCGAGCUUCGAUCUGUCGCCAUUCCGACCAAGGCGUGGCAUAGUCGGGUUAAACGGUGGAUCCGGCGUCGGUUCCAUGGAUGGAGUCGCAUCCACCGAUGCGAUCUAUCGAAAGUUCCCCCGCGCCGCCUAGUGAAGUAGUCAACAACCUUUCCAUUCGGGCAGGUUCCGAACUUUAAUGGUAAGGCUUCCUUUUCG